CAUGAAAACGGAAUCUCAAGUUCUCAGCCACCCAACCCGCACAAUUUGGUGCCAAAUAGAAAAAUCACUCGCAAUCCCUCAAACGUCGUUGUCUUCCUCCCGCGAGGAAAAGAUUUGGAAUUUGAGGUACGCAAUGGCGCCGGAGGCAGAGAUUACCAAAGACAGAAUCCUUCUUUCUGAAAAAAGAAGUGGGGGGCAACGAGGGAAAAGGGAACUCCACAAAUAGCCCAAUCGAAUCCGAUUCACUCAUCUCUAAUCACAAUCACAACUACACUUUACUCUCUUCCAUUGACUCUUCCUCCCCCCUCAAACCUCCCUCUCCCUCUUUCUCCGCCAACAAAGCUGCUUCGCCAGAAGAGGAAAUGUUUGGAUUUGGUCUCAGUUGAGAAAAAAAGGGUUCUUCUCGAUUCACCCCAAACCGCGGUCAGAUUUAGAGAAAAUGGCGAUCGCAGUCUGUGUGCUGGAACGAACAGUUGUUGUUGCUCCCACCGCUGCUGCUUAUUCAAUGCGGAACUGGUUCUUUGGGUUGCUGGAGAGGCACUGAGAGUGUGAAUUGUGGGACUUUUUUUCACUGACCCUCUUUUGUUUUCUUCUUGCUUGGCGUUUUUCAUCUUCGAACAGUUGCCGGGUUGAGGGGAAAGGUCGCUUCUUUACAUUCUAUAUUAUAUUUCCUCUCGUUUUUUCCCCCGGGAAAUAAAAUAAAGGGAAAACCCAGAAGAAGAAAAAAAAAAGAUGAUUACAUCUGGGAUGAAUUUGGUGAUGACAGUGAUUGGAUUUGCAAUGAGCACUAUGUUCAUAGUUUUUGUUUGCACCCGUCUUGUCUGCGCUCGAAUUCACUUGAAUGCAGCUCGCCGCUCCUUCCCCGUUGCUUCCAGAUCCGAUCUCAACAUUUUGGAGAGAGGGUAUCAUCGUGGCAUUGAGCCUGUAGUUGUGGCUAACUUCCCAACCAAGGAGUACAACAACGAGUUGUUCUCUGCCACUGAAGACGCGCAAUGCUCGAUUUGUCUUGCAGAAUAUCACCAGGGCGACGUCCUGCGCAUCCUUCCAUACUGCGGGCACUCCUUCCACGUCACCUGCAUCGACAUAUGGCUGCAGCAGCACUCCACGUGCCCCGUAUGUCGAAUAUCACUGCACGAGUUCGUCGAGAGAAAACGGGCAAUGCAGCAGCCGUUGUUCAGCUCGGCGAUCCGCUCCCAGGAUUGGAGGAUAGAGGUGGCCUUCGAAGUCCAUCCUCACAGCUGUUUGUAUACUGAACAUAGGUAUCCCUCGAACCACAACGACAGCAGCGGGGCAGAGUCAAACCACAACCACAACAACGACAACGACAACAACGAGAGCCACCGGGCCUCUGACUGCGAUGAAGCCAAAGCUGGGGAGACUCUGUUGUCCCCAUUAGUCGAGGAAAACUGUGGAUCCAAGUACGUGGGAAGCAAGCAUGUAGAGAGCCCAUCAAAUCCUUGACGACGUAUGAUGAUUUACUCCGACACUGGAGUGGGGAUUAUAUGCAGUUCCAGCAGAGCUGAAACUCCCUCACAAAAUCUGACACAAGAGAAUCAAAGGAACAAAACAAUUGCCGUGGAAUUUUGUGAGGGGAGUUCCAAUGUGUGAUAGAAAUUUGUAUAUAUGUAAAGGGUGAGA